AUUUUUAUUUUUACGGGACGAAUAUUUCUUUCUUUCUUUCAUCUCUUUGUCUCUCUCUUUCUCUCUCGAUCAAAGUCCAAAAUUGACAAAGGAUUGAGAUGGAUUUGAUUUUGGAGUCGAUUGAUUCGGAUGAGAUUGAAGCAAUUGGAAUCGGAAGAGAUCGGUGAUCGAGCAUACUACUCUUCGCUUAUCACUCUUGUUAAGAGUUUUGACUCUGUUCUUGAAGUCUAUGAAGGUUUCUGCAAUUUGAAACAUGUGGAGUUAAAGUUGAAAUUAUCCCGGGGUUAUUCUUCUCGAAAUAUUCAAGUUAGAGAAGCAAAAUUGUGUUCUGCGUCCAAAAUUGUAGUUGGGAUCUCGAUACGUUACCAUACAAUUCAUUCAUCUGUGUCUGUGGCUAAGUACUUAGCGAAGAAAGUAUCAAAAGAUUGUUGUGUUCUCGCUAUUGACAAUGGAAAAGUCAUGUUUCAGAAAGAUGGUUCCUCAUCGAUCAUUCAUCACUCUCAAGGCAACAAAAAGGACCUGGUUCCAUUUCGUUGGAAUGAAAGAUAUAAGGUGGCCGUGGGAAUAGCUGAGGCGUUGGACUAUCUUCAUAACAGUGCUCCAUAACCUGUUAUUCACAGAGAUGUUAUGUCAUCAAACAUAUUAUUGUCUGAUAAUUUUGAGCCACAUGCGAAGCAGAUUCUGGAUAACAAAAAAUAUUCUCAACUAUUGUACCCAAGUUUGCAAGAUGACAGCAAAAGCGACCAGAUGGAGAGGUUGGCGUUAGCAGCCGCUCUUUUUAUAAGACAUCAAUCUAGGCCUGAAAUGGGAAUGGUACAUUACACCAGAGUGUGAUGUUGUGGCGACCAUUUUUGAGUACCAAGGAUACACAAAGUCACCUGAGGAAGCUGUUGUCGAUGCCAUUAAAGCAGGAUAAAGGACAACGAUGGUGCUUGUAAACCACAUUGACCACACACAACAAUCUCCACACAAGAGGCUCCACACACAACAGUCUCCCUUUUAUGUAAUUUAAAUUUUUGUGACAAGUACAUGUUUUGUUUUUUUGUGACACACACCACAAGUCUUUACCACAUAUAUUUUCAGAAGUACACUUUUUUUGUUUUUUUGUGACACACACCACAAGUUACACACAAGUACAUGUUUUGUUUUUAUCUCACCAUACCACAAACUUUGUUACGAUUGAACACCACAUAUUUUUGACCAUGCAAGUCUAUAAAACGAAGAGAUGGACUUAUCAAACACUCACCAAUUCACAAACCUAUCAAACACUCUCUAUCUUAUCAAACACUCACUAUAAUUUCUUUAACUUUUCUCAUAAAGUAGCAUCGUCUUCUCACAAUAAUUUUGAUGACACCAUUGAUGAAUGCUUAAAUCAAGUUUGUGACCAAAUUUCCAAUCAAUUUUGGCAAUCUCUUCUUAUUCCAUCUGUUCAACAUCAACAACCACCCAAACCAAAGAAGCCGCAAACUUUCAUUGAAAGAGACUGUGAAGUCGGCCACGCCCACUUGUGGAACGAUUACUUUAGUGAAGAUGCGAUCUACCCUCCUCGUAUUAUCCGACGCCAUUUUAGAAUGAGCUAGCCCUUGUUCAUGCGAAUCGUUGAGCGACUCGGAAAUCAAAUUCCAUUCUUUCAACAACGUAGAGAUGCUACAGGAAGGUUGGGGCUUUCAGCACUACAAAAGUGUACAGCAGCAAUUCGUAUGAUGGCAUAUGGUUCGGCUGCUGAUGCGGUUGACGAAUACUUCCGAGUUGCUGAAAGCACGGCGUACUCAUGCAAUUAUAAAUUGUUUCGAAGAUGAGUACUUACAAAGACCGACACCAGAAGAUCUUCGACGACUACUCGAUAUUGGAGAGCUAUGCGUUUUUCCGGGGAUGAUAGGAAGCAUCGAUUGUAUGCAUUGCGAAUGGAAGAAUUGUCCAACCGCAUGGAAAGGUCAAUAUACAUGUGGUUCUGGCAAGCCAACAAUCAAGAGCUUUCUCUUCAAAGACUUGGUAAUACUCGUUGGGGUUCUCAUUAUCGAAUAUUAUUAUGCAUGGUUGAUUUGUUUCCUUCUAUUGUUGAAGUACUUGAGUAUAUCCAAAACAAAGGAGUUGAGGACUCAAAAAGACGCCAAGCAUAUGGUCUUCUCAAGUACUUUCACACAUUUGAUUGUAUCUUCUAUAUACAACUAAUGUUACUUAUAUUGGGACUAAUCAAAAAUUUAUCAAUGGCUUUGCAAAGAAAAGAUCAAGAUAUUUUGAAUGCCAUGUCAUUGGUGGAGUCAACUAAGCGAGAGUUACAAAAUCUUAGGAAUGAUGGUUGGGAUUCAUUUAUGGAUAAAGUUUUUUCUUUUUGUGAGAAACACGAUGCUGAAAUACUCAAUAUGGAGGAAGACUUUGUUGAUUCAAAGAGGCCAAGACAAAAGACCCACAUAACCAAUCUCCAUCAGUAUAAGGUUAACUGUUUUUAUACUGUUUUAGAUUUGCAGCUUCAAGAGUUUAAUGAUCGUUUCACUGAGGUAAACACUGAUAUGCUAAUUUGUAUGGCUUCAUUGAGUCCAAUUGGUUCCUUUCGUGAGUUUGACAAGGAAAAAUUAGUCAGAUUGGCCAAAUUAUAUCCGGAAGAUUUUAGCGUUGAGGAGUGUUUAUCUCUUGAGCAUCAACUUGGAAUCUACAUUGACAAUGUAAGAGAAGAUAAAAUGUUCGAUAAUUUGAAAAAUCUUGGAGAUAUUUCUCGUUUAAUGGUGGAAACACAAAAGCAUCUCUCACAUCCUUUGGUUUAUCGGCUGUUAAAGUUAGUAUUAACUUUAUAUGUCGCUACCGCAAGGGUCGAAAGGUGUUUUUCUACAAUGAAACUAGUGAAGACAGCAACUCGCAACCGCAUUGGAGACCAAUUUCUAAGUGACUAUCUUGUAUGUUAUAUUGAAAAAGAGUUGCUUGAUUUUGUCACUAAUGAAAUAGUGAUAAAGAGAUUUCAGUCUAUGAGUGAGCGUAGAGUAUGCUUGUAA